UGACGAAAUAGUUAUCGCGUUUGACUGUCAGCUGAAAAACAACCGCAAACAUGGACGAAUACGACGAAAUGUACGGGAUUGAAGAUGACUUUGAGCAACAGUUUGCGGAUGAGUUAGAAGUGAUGGCUGAAAUGGACUCGGAGCCUCCACCACAUGGGAAAGUGUGUGAGUUCCGCAACAAAAAGCCGAUCUCGCAGACGUUUGACGAGGCCAUUGCAUCAGGUGACGUCCUAUCAAGUAAAACUGUCAAAAACCAGCAUCCUGGGAGCACCACAGCAAGCAUCUCGCCCCCGGCAUGGGUGGAGGAGGAAUCCUUGACACCUAAACCCAAGAAACGCAGACAAGAUGUGGUAAAAAAGCUCCAGUUUGGUGUUGAUCCUGGUGAUGACAUCACACCUCCAUCUUCCCCAGAGGUUUAUGAUGGAACAGCGAGAGAUGGGGCUGGUCCUGACAGAACAUCGACCAUCAAGAUUACAACUGAUAUGUUGGAUAUAAGUGGACUGGCAGCAUUACAGGAUUCGCCCAGAAGACUCACAGUAGCAAAACGUUUUGCACAGAAACGCCCCCCAGCCAUCGGGGAUUACAUCACGGUCACAGACACCACAGGCAACAGAGUCUACCUCAACAAGAAAGAGGAUGAGAAUAAGGCUCCGGACCCCAGAGCCUUCCGUAACUCACAGAACGGUCUCGGGCUGCUUACACUUCCCAUAGAAGUCAUGAAAGAACAAAUCGCAGAAAGACGUCAUCGACAAGUGGUUGAAGAAUCCCAAAGACUGACAGAACUUUUGAACAGUGGUUUAAACCCGGAGCUUCUUGCAGAAGGUCAGACAGACUCCGGUGUGGAUGGUGAUAGUGGAGAAGAUGAAGGUUCGUCCUCUCGACUCUGGGUGGAUCAGUUCUCACCGCGGCACUACACUGAACUUCUGAGCGAUGACUUCACUAAUCGCUGUCUGCUCAAGUGGCUGAAGCUAUGGGACACUGUGGUCUUCGGUAGAGAAAGGAAAACCCGUCCGACCCACACAGACGUUAGGUCGAAUUUGACCAAUGCUCAGAAUCAAAACCAGUCCCAGCGUUUUAAAACCAAGAGUCAAAUCACAGAAGAAAUACUGGAUGCUGAACUAGAUCAGUACAAAAGACCCAAAUUUAAGGUGGCACUGUUGUCAGGACCUCCUGGACUGGGGAAAACAACGUUAGCUCACAUUAUUGCUAAACACGCUGGAUACAACGUGGUAGAAAUCAAUGCUAGUGACGAUCGCAGUGCUGAGCUCUUCCAGAAACGUAUCGAUACCGCCACACAGAUGAAGUCAGUCUUGGGAGCCAAUGAGAAGCCCAACUGCCUCAUUAUAGAUGAAAUUGAUGGAGCUCCUGCAGCUGCCAUCAACAUCCUUUUGGCCACCGUAAACAGGAAGGACAGCAGAGAGGGGGAAGAGACGGGGGUUAAUGCUUUGAAAAAGAAAAAGAAGAAACAAUCGGUGCUUCUUCGGCCAAUCAUUUGCAUCUGCAAUGACCUUUAUGUUCCAGCUCUGAGGCCGCUGAGACAGCAAGCCUUCCUGUUAACCUUUCCACAGACACUGCCCUCCCGCUUAACUCAAAGACUGGCAGAGAUCGCACGUCGACAGGGUAUGAAGGCAGAUACAGGCACGCUGAUGGCCUUGUGUGAGAAAACAGACAAUGACAUCCGUUCAUGUAUCAAUACAUUACAGUUUUUACACGGCCGCGGUCAGAAGCACUUGGAUCAGCGCAGCGUUAGCUCUAUGUGUGUUGGAUUAAAAGACCAAAACAAAGGACUUUUCUCAGUCUGGCAGGAAAUCUUUCAGCUUCCCCGACUGAAACGGAAGCGGAUUGGUGGAGAUCCUUUCGGGGGUUUCGAUGAGGCAGGGCCAAAAGAUGGUGGACAAAGACUUCAGAACAUCUUACACCUGGUCUCAUCUAAUGGAGAGCAUGAGAAACUUACUCAGGGUCUUUAUGAUAAUUUCCUUAGCAUGAAGCUGAAAGAUCCCGGGAUGUUGGGUGUGUGCUCGGGGCUUGACUGGUUAAGUUUCUCAGAUCUUCUGAACGAGUGUAUCUUACACGGACAAAACUACUCACUCAUGCGGUACUUACCUUUCCUGCCCGCCGCGUUCCACUAUCUCUACGCUGCAAACUCCGUCCCCCGCAUCAACUACCCACACAGCAACUACGAGGCUCUUAUUAAAACCCAGCACACUAAGAACGCACUGCUGGCCAUGUUGAAUGAUAUCCCCCCGGCGGUACAGAGCCGGGUUUGCGUAAGCACACUCUGCUUGGACAUCAUCACCCUUUUGAUGGAGCUCAUCUCACCUAAACUGCGACCAGUCAACCCUCAGCUUUACAGCACAAGAGAAAAGCAGCAGCUCUGUGAUUUGAUCGACACCAUGAUCAACUACAACCUGACCUACAGACAGGACCGAACACCUGAGGGACAGUACACUUAUGUGUUGGAGCCCAACAUAGAAGAUGUGGUGCGUUUUCCGGGCUUGCCACCGCGGAGGCAGUUAACCUAUCAGGUGAAGCAGCUGAUCGCCAGGGAGACGGAGUUGGAGAAGAUGAGGAGGAUGGAUAGGGCCCAGCAGAAACGAAACCCACAAAACACGGAGACUGUGAAUAAGAGUCAAGCUCAGAAGAAGGUGGAGGUGAAGAAACAUACGAACCAUCAACAGAGACUCGAGAACAUCGUGAAACAGACAGUGGUGGAAAGCAAGCCUGAAUUGGAUUUCUUUGGACGAGCCAUUGUACCCAAGGAGAAGCCUGUAGUCACCACUACAGGUGAAGAUGGCAAAGGGGGCGUUGCCCUGCAGAUCGGUAAAGCUGUGGGUAACAGCAACGUUUGGUUCCGCUUCAACGAGGGCGUGUCCAAUGCCGUGCGCAGAAACGUUCACAUUCGAGAGUUGCUUUAAA